AAACCAGCUUUCUAAAAACGACGAAACCAUUUACAACCUUAAAACAUUGAUUCUAUAGAUACAGUUGUGUUAAAUCGAUGAUAAUCGUUAACUUUGAGAGGAGUCCAGCGAGUCAAGUCCCGAUUUAAUGAAAAGUUGUGGUUGUGAGCGUGGUCGUUAUGUGGAACGUAGCCCUAAUAAAGUGACCUUGCGACAUUUUUGUCUAUUAUCAUUAGUUGUCGUCAAAAUAUUAUGUGUGUGUGGUCAUAUUAAAAAAACUCAUCUUUAUUCUUUUCGAAUUUUUCGUAUAUGACAACUCCAAACGAAUGGCCGAGUUGUUUCUGCAUUGCUCUAUUUUUAUUUUCAACUGCGAAAUAAAUAAUUUCAAACUCAUUCGUGAAAAAAUUCUUAGUACUAAUCCACGCAGUUAGUGUACAUCACUCCGAGUCGUUUUACAAUGGUAGCUUGAACACGCAACCACGAUGUUCGACCGCGGAUGCGUUACGGACCGCAGUUCAUUGCCUUAUGUAAAACUGGUAAUGGUGUUUCUUCCGUGAGUGACCGAAAUAUACAGUGACUUAUGUGUAUAGUUUGACGGUUGGUGUUAAUAGUGAGAUAGAUACAAGUGUGAAAAAAUGUCUACGGCUCAGGUGUUGAUGAAGAAGGGCAAAAGGGGCGCCGCGGCGUACAUCCAUGCGGAUUGCUUGACUGGCUGCCCGAAGUACCUGGGCCCACUGCUGGACGUGUUGCUGAACCCCAGCAAGGCCAUCGACGACUGGGAGACGAUAGACUGGUGCCGCUGGCUGCUGGCCGGCGGCCGAACUCCCGACGAGUUCGCCACUAUCGUGCGGAGCUACGACCAACACGACAAAUGCGGGCUGGUGUGGAUCCCGCGCGUGGUCGCGUACCGCUGCCGCACGUGCGGAAUCUCGCCCUGCAUGUCCAUCUGCCGCGAGUGCUUCCACCGCGGCGACCACUCCACGCACGACUUCAACAUGUUCCUGUCGCAGGCCGGCGGCGCCUGCGACUGCGGCGACAACUCCGUCAUGAGGGAGGACGGGUUCUGCAGCAACCACGGCAACCGGUUCCCGCGGCCGGGCACGGCGCCCGCCGAGCUCAUGUGCGUGGCCGAGGCCAUGAUGCCGCGCCUCAUACUGCGCCUGCUGCAGCACUUCAGAGAGAACAGCACGGGCGUAUCAAACUCGGACAGCUACCGCGUGGCGGUGCAGGAGUGCGAGGGCUACGUGCAGAUGCUCAUGGAGUUCAACAACAUGGGCGACCUCAUGCGCGCCGCCAUGACCAAGGCGCUCAUCAACCCGCAGAUGUACCACAACCUGGUGUCGCCGCCGUUCCCCGAGACGGAGUACGGCAGCUACAUGGCAGUCUCCACCACCAUAUACGAGCUGGCCAUAGACUCGUUUCCUGCACCCGAUCCGCCUGAAGAAUAUCGACACUUCCCAGCGCUAGCCCCCCGGCUGAGCCACACCACUCUACUGGAAGAGUUCAUCUUCUGGACCUUCAAGUACGAAUUCCCACAGAAUGUGGUCUGCUUCCUGCUCAAUAUGCUGCGCGAUCAGGAUUAUAAGGAGCACCUAACCCGAACGUUCGUGAUGCACUACGCGCGCAUACCGCUCGUGCUGGAGAACUCUGCGGACCCCGACACGCUGUCCAACCGGGUCGUCCACAUGUCGGUCCAACUGUUCUCCAACGAGGCGCUGGCUCUGCGCUGUGUGCAGCAGCUGCACCUCCUGCACGUCAUGGUGCUGUCGCUGCGGCUGAUGAUGGGCAAGAUCCUGGUGCAGAACACGUUGCACGACCCGGACAAGAACUUCCACUAUGUGAUCGAUUGUACGAAGCGAGUGAUGAAGGAGCACUGCUACUGGCCGCUCGUGUCGGACUUCAACAAUGUGCUGUCUCAUAGAAGUGUCGCGCUGCUGUUUCUGCAAGAUGAUGCGCUUGUUAACAUGUGGUUCGAGUUCCUGUCUAUGCUGCAAGGCAUGAACGUGAACGUGCGCGAGACGGGCGGGCACAUCGAGUUCGAGCCGUCGUCGUACUACGCGGCCUUCUCGUGCGAGCUGGAGGCGGCCGCCUACCCCAUGUGGAGCGUGCUGGCGCACCUGUCGGAGCCGGCGCACGCCCCGCUCGCGCGCCGCCUCGUGGCCGCCGCGCUGCGCUACCUGCGGGACUGGCUGCACGCCGUCAACUUCACCGCGCCGCGCCUGCAGCGGUCGGAGAUGAUGCACGCGUCGUUCCACUUCCCGCUGCACCGCUACCUGUCGGCGUUCCUGUGCGCCGCCGUGCGCUGCAUGCAGCUGCGCGCCGCCGACGUGCUGCCGCCCGCCGACCUGCUGGCGCUGCUGGCCGCGCACCCGCUGCGCGUGCAGAGUCUGUUCUACGAGAUCCUGGCGGGCGUGUGGGUGCGCAACGGGCUGCAGAUCAAGGGGCAGGCGAUGACGUACAUCCAGGCCAACUUCUGCAACUCCAUGGUGGACAUGGACAUCUUCUGGCUGCAGAUAUGCGCCGCGCACCUGCCCGCCGACCAGUUCCUCGACAUGUGUAUCGACGUUUUUGGCGUCCGCGAGUGGCUGAGUCUGACGCCGAUGUCUCCUGCGCAGACGUCAGAGCAGUACGCCAUGGUGGAGGGCUUGCUGACAUUCCUCGCCAUCCUCGUCUCCUCCAGAACUAAUCUUGGUAACGACGAGUUGACACAGUCCAAGCUGGAGGUGGCGACGCUGCUGGCGGCGGGCGACAAGACGCACUCGCAGCUGUUGGAGCUGAUGCCGGAGCGCUCCGGCAACGCGCACACCAGGAACUUCGAGACUGUGCUCAGAGAGCUAUCAGACUACCGCGCGCCACCCAAGGGCUCGGAGAACCUGGAGCAAGGGUUGUUUGUGCCCAAGCCGAUAGUGUGGGAGCAGUACUACGACCCGCUGCACCUGCUGCAGAGGGCGGUGCAUCGCCGCGACUUCCACACUUCCAUGGACCGGUUCACAGCCUAUGUGCGCGAGAAGCAGAAGGCGGCGGGCGCGACCGGCUGCGGCACGCUGUGGCCGCCGCUGCGCCCCGCGCGCGCGCCGCCCCGCGCCGCCGGCGACCCGCGCCAGCUGUGCGCCUCAGGCGUGCUGCACGGCGCGCUGCUGGCCGUGCUGUACCGCGGCGUGCGGCGGCGCGGCGCGGAGGGCGAGGACGCGGCGCGCGAGGCGGGCGGGGACGCGCCGCCCGACCACGUGCUGGCGCUGGCCGUCUACCUGCUGGCCGCCGCCGCCGACCUGGCCGCCGAGCGCGCGCGCGAGCACAAUCGGGACGUUUGCCUGGCGGACGGCGCGCGCGGCGGCUGCGGCGCGCGCAUCGCGGGCGUGCCGCUGCUGCGCGCCUUCGCGGGCGGCGCCGUGUGCGACAACGCGCGCGCCGUGCUCGCGUCCGUGCCGCCGCCCGCGCGCGCGCGCCACGCCGCCGCGGACGACGGACACCUGCACAAGCGCGACACGCACGACGACAGCGACAACGAGUGGGAGGGCCCCGAGGAGGACUCGCGCCCCGCCAGCAAGGCCGCGUCCCUGCCCGCCGGUAGCACCGCGCUUGCCGUGCCCUCCUCCAUGCAUAUGGUGCGCGAGAACUCAGUGUCGGACGACCAGUCGGACACGGGUGGAGACACGCCCAUCAUACGAGCUCUAGAGAGUGGCAGUGGUGAAAGUCAAGCGCUCAUGCUGCCAGGCCUGUCUGGAGGUGCGGAGUCAGAUAUAGAAAUGGAGGCAGAGAACAUGACCCUGGCCAUCCCGGACAACACCCUGGCACAGCUGGGCCUUGACCCACCGCCUGUGCCCAUUGCUUAUGAGAUAGACGAACCAGAAUGGCGGCUGACCAUACACGAGGAGCCGACGAGUCGGCCCGCGCUGCUCGGCGCGCUGCCCUCCACCGACACACAGGUGCAGCUGCACACGCAGAGCGACGAGCAGAUCCCCGUGAACGAGUCCAUCAUCUCGCUGCUGCUGAAGCUGCACUCGCAAAUGUCCGGACGACUCGACUCCUUCGCGUUGGAGGAGCCCGCGCCCGCCACUCAGGAGCCUAUCGGCGACGGGCCACACUUCAUCGGCUCGCUGCUGCACAAGCUGGCGGCGCUGGACGUGCGCUGCGCCGCCGCCGUGCAGAACGUGCGCCGCACGCUGUGGCCCCACCAGCGCGAGCGCCAGGCCGAGCAGCGCGCCAGAGAACAACGCGAGAAGGAGGAGCGCUCGCGGCGCGCGCAGGAGCGGAAGAAACAGGUGAUCCGCGAGCUGGAGGAGCAGCGCGAGCGGUUCAUCCGCGCCAUGGAGGCGGAGGGCGGCCACGGCGCCAUGGAGUGGGAGGGCGAGGACGAGCUGGUGGAGCGCCACUACGUGUGCGUCAUCUGCAACACCACCGCGCCCAGCACGGCGCACGACCCCAUCGGCCUCGUGGUGCUGCUGCAGUCGACGUCGGUGCUGGGCCACCGGCGGCGGCAGGGCAGCGGCGUGGCGCGGCUGCCGCUGUCGGAGGCGGAGCGCGCGCGCCUGGCCGCGCAGACCGGCGCCGCCGCCGCCGCGCACCACUACCGCCUGCACGACGACCUCGACCAGUACUUCGACCAGGAGUCGUGGGUGCUGUCGGUGUCGGUGGGCUGGGAGGGCGGCGUGGCGGCGCAGUCGUGCGGUCACCACCUGCACCUGCGCUGCCUGCGCUCGUACCUGCGCUCGCUGGCGGCGCCGCAGCGGCCGCACAACCUGCACGUGGAGCGCGGCGAGUUCCUGUGCCCCGUGUGCCGCCAGCUGGCCAACGGCGUGUUGCCGCUGGCGCCGCCGCCGCCGCGCGCCCCCCCGCCGCCCGCGCCGCGCUCGUCGCACCGCGCGCUCGCCGCGCAGGUGCUCGACCUGCUGGAGCAGCGGCGCGACCAGCCCGCGCCCAUCCCGUUCACACGCCUGUCCGAGGCCACGGGCAAGGCCAUGGAAGCCAUGACGUCCAUGGCGGGCGGCAAGCUCAAGCAGCGCUACGGCUCGUCGCCCGCCUCCAUCUUCACGUUCAUGGCGUCGCUGGUGCGCACCAACGUGGAGUGCGAGCUGGUGCAGCGCGGCGGCAGCCUGCUGCAGCAGCGCGCGCCGCGGUACAAGCCGCGCGACGACUGCAUAGUGCCGCUGAUAGCGGUGGUGGGCGCGCACGCGGGCGCGCUGCUGGCGGCGGGCGUGCAGCUGGGCGCGGGGGCGGCGUGGCGCGCGCUGGUGCCGCCCGCCGCGCCGCCCGCCGGCACGGCCGCCUCGCCCGCCGUGUCGCCCGCGCGCUGCUCGCGCCCCGUGCCGCUGCUGCUGCGCGACCCCACGGCGCUGCUCAUGCACUUCCUGCUGCUGGUGCCCACGCAUCCGCCGCACAUGGACUUGCAGCACUUCACGUGCAUCGUGCGCGCGCUGUACGCGCUCACGUACUACCAGGUGGUGAACCAGCUGUGCGCCACCGGCGUGCUGCCCGCCGCGCUGGCCGCGGGUGCCGCCGGCGAGCACGCGGGGCUGGCGGCGGCCGCGCGCCUGCUGCUCACGGCGCUGGCCGGCCACCACCUGCUGGAGGACGACGCGGCCGGCGCGGCGGACCAGGCGCCCACGCUGCCGCGCGUGGAGCUGGAGGUGCAGGAGCUGGUGGUGCCGUACCUGCGCGUGGCGGCGCUGCUCCGCAAGCACAUAUUCGGCGGCGCGCUGCCGCGCAUCGCCAGCGAGCAGGACGAGUUCUCCGACCUGCUGCGGUACCUGGAGCUGGCGGACGACGCGGGCCGGCUGCCGGCGGACCGCGCGCUGUGGGCCGGCGCCGCCGACGCCGCCACGGCGUGGGCGCGCCAGCUGGCCGCCGCGUCGGCCGGCGGGCACAUGGGCGUGCAGCGCGUGCUGCGCUCGCUGCACGCGGCGUGGAGCGGGCCGGCGCUGCUGGCGCUGCCGCGCGACUACGACCGCCUGUUCACGUACUACCACGAGCGCGUGUGCCUGCAGUGCGGCGCCGUGCCCAAGGAGGCGUCCGUGUGCCUGCUGUGCGGCACGCUCGUGUGCCUCAAGCAGCCGUGCUGCCGCCACCACCAGGUGGCCGAGGCCGUGCAGCACGCCACCGAGUGCGGCGGCGGCACCGGCAUCUUCCUCGUGGUCACCUCCACCUACAUCAUCGUCAUCCGCGGCCACCGCGCCUGCCUGUGGGGCAGCCUCUACCUGGACGACUACGACGAGGAGGACCGCGACCUGAAGCGCGGCAAGCCGCUGUACCUCAGCCAGGACCGGCUGGAGCUGCUGCAGGCGCAGUGGCUGGCGCACCGCUUCGACCACACCAAGCGCACGUGGGUGUGGCACCGCGACUCGCUCUGAGACGAGCUCAUGGUGAGUGCCAGCAGUGUAUACCGGCUACAGGACCGGCUGGAGCUGCUGCAGGCGCAGUGGCUGGC